AUGACGCCGGUGGAAGGAGCCGGCAACAUGAGGGGGGACCGGGAGCAACACUGGGGGGAUGCGAGAAGCUACGCCCCAGCAGACACAGUACAAAGGACGUACCGCUGGCCACACCUCGCUACAGGCUGGGUGCGCGCCCCUGAACCGUGCACGACACCCGGAAGUGAUGCGCACCAGAGGGCUCGUGAGGUGAACAGGCCUCCCCGAAAAGCUGAACAUGAGCAGAGCAGUGAGGAUAAAGCAGAGAUGGCUAGUUGUUGCUCGGAGGGGACAGUAUUGGGGGGUGGAUGUUUAGCAGAGUUUAUGGUCCCCAGGGGAGGCAUUGCACUGAGGGAUAUCCCCAUCCAAUUUGGCAAAGAGAAGCCAGCUCGCAGUGUCACAAAUGAGUUGGACAAGCAAGCAGUGCCAUUGGAUUCUGUAGAGGGUAAGACGCAGCCAGAGAGGCAGCAGAUGGAAGCUACACAGCGGAGGGAGGGACAGUGCACCGAGGGGUCCGCGGCUGGUGCUGAGGCUGCUGGGGUGGAGAAAUUACAGGUGGGGGAGGGCUGCAAGCAAAAAGCGGAAAGACGAAUAACAAAGGCAGAGCGAGCGAGAGGAGGCGCGGGUCGGGAUAGGGGUGACUUUAUUGCAGCGGGGAGGGAGGAGGAAGCGUCUGGGGAGAGGGAGAAGAGGCACGGUUCAAGGGGAGAGCGCAGUGUGGAAGGGUUGAUGGUAGAAUCAAAUGAUGGAGUUUCUAAUGAUAGGGUUAGGGUACGGCGUGCUGCGAAUAGACACCCACAUUUUGCACAAUAUAACUACCAAGUCCAAGUGGCGGAAAACCAACGACCCGGGACGUCAGUUAUGGUUAUGACUGCUUCCGAUCCAGACCCAGGAGAUGCAGGGAAAGUUACCUAUAGCAUGGCGCCUCUAAUGAACAGCCGAUCAUCUGACUACUUUAACAUCCAUUCAGAAACGGGACUGAUUACGACCACACAGUCUUUAGACAGAGAACACAUGGAUUCGCACUAUUUUCGAAUCACAGCAACUGAUUUUGGGAUUCCAAGGCUCUCUGGAACAACUAUGGUAGCAAUAACUGUAGCAGACCGCAACGACCACUAUCCAAUCUUUGAACAUAAUGAAUACAAGGAGACAAUACGAGAGAAUGUAGAGGAAGGAUAUCCAAUUUUGCAGCUAAGAGCAACAGAUAUGGACUCGCCUGCUAACGCUAACAUACGCUACCGCUUUGUGGGUGAGUCGGCAGCAAUGGCAAGAGCUGCUUUUGAAAUUGAUCCCCGCUCUGGACUUAUUACAACUCGAGGUUCAGUGGAUAGAGAAACAAGCGAACAUUAUACUCUUGAAGUUGAAGCUAGCGACCAAGGAAAGGAACCCAGCCCACACACCUCUACAGUUAAAGUUUAUAUUUCCGUUUUGGAUGAGAAUGACAACGUACCUCAAUUUAGUGAAAAGCGUUACGUAGUUGCAGUCAAAGAAGAUGUCCGCCCACAUUCUGAAAUUCUCAAAGUCAGUGCUACAGAUCGAGACAAAGAUAGCAACGCAGCUGUACACUAUAACAUUAUUAGCGGGAAUAGCCGAGGACAGUUUUCCAUUGAUAGUGUUACGGGUGAAAUCCAAGUCGUAGCGCCUUUAGAUUACGAGUCUGAAAGGGAAUACACUUUGAGAGUCCGUGCCCAAGACAAUGGACGUCCUCCCCUUUCAAACAAUACUGGAAUAGUUAGCGUUCAAGUCACAGACGUUAAUGACAAUCCCCCCAUAUUUGUGUCGACUCCGUUCCAGGCGUCUGUGCUGGAAAGUUCCCCAAUCGGAAGUUCAAUUCUUCAUAUCCAAGCCAUUGAUACAGAUUCAGGAGACAAUGCUAGGCUAGAGUAUAGGCUAACAGGAACCAGCACAGACACGCCUUUUGUCAUCAACGCAGCGACAGGUUGGGUAACUGUCAAAAAGAAUCUCGAUCGUGAAUCUGUUGAGCAUUAUUUUUUUGGAGUAGAAGCUAGAGAUUAUGGCAUGCCUCCUCUUUCAGCUACAGCUAGCGUUACAAUUACAGUAAUGGACGUUAAUGACAAUAGACCAGAAUUUUUACAAAAAGAAUACUAUGCACGAUUAAAUGAAGACGCUGUGGUAGGAACAAGCGUUGUAACUGUAACAGCAGUAGAUCGUGAUGUAAACAGUGCAGUCACUUAUCAAAUCACAGGUGGAAACACAAGAAACCGUUUUGCAAUUAGCACAGCAGGUGGUGCUGGAUUGCUCUCUUUGGCUUUACCUUUGGACUACAAACAAGAAAGACGUUAUGUUUUGACUGUAACUGCUUCAGAUCGAACUUUACAUGACACUUGCCAAGUUCAUAUCAACAUUACAGAUGCUAACACUCACAGACCAGUUUUCCAAAGCGCGCAUUAUUCUGUUAGUGUAAAUGAAGAUCGGCCCCCUGGUAGUACUGUUGUUGUCAUCAGUGCUACAGACGAUGAUGUUGGUGAGAACGCAAGAAUUACAUAUUACCUUGAUGACAAUAUACCUCAAUUCCGAAUAGACCCCGCCACAGGUGCUAUCACUCUCCAAGCUGAACUAGAUUAUGAAGAUCAAAUGACUUACACAUUAGCUAUUACUGCUAAAGACAAUGGAAUUCCACAAAAGUCGGACACUACUUACGUUGAAGUCAAUGUCAACGAUGUUAACGACAACGCACCUCAAUUCUUAAGCCCACGUUAUCAAGGAACAGUUACCGAGGAUGCCCCACCUUUUACAAGUGUGUUGCAGAUAUCUGCUACAGAUCGAGAUGCGCAUGCUAAUGGUAGAGUCCAGUACACCUUCCAAAAUGGAGAAGACGGAGAUGGUGACUUUACAAUUGAGCCUACAUCCGGUAUUGUCCGAACUGUACGACGCUUGGACAGAGAAAGUGUUCCAUUUUACGAACUCACUGCAUAUGCUGUAGAUCGUGGGGUCCCUCCUCAACGCACACCUGUUCACAUCCAAGUAACUGUCCUAGAUGUUAAUGACAAUGCUCCAGUCUUUCCCGCUGAUGAUUUUGAAGUUUUGGUGAAAGAAAAUAGUGCUGUUGGUUCUGUCGUUGCACAAAUCACUGCUACUGACCCAGACGAGGGCGCAAAUGCUCAAAUUAUGUACCAGAUUGUGGAAGGCAACAUCCCCGAAAUCUUUCAAAUGGAUAUUUUUUCAGGCGAGCUCACCUCUCUUAUCGACUUGGAUUACGAGACAAGAAAUGAAUAUGUCAUUGUUGUCCAAGCCACCUCUGCUCCUCUAGUGAGCAGAGCCACCGUACGCAUCAAACUAGUCGACCAAAAUGACAACUACCCAACUUUGCAAAACUUCCAGAUUAUUUUCAAUAACUUUGUUUCGAACCGUCCCAAUAGUUUUCCAAGUGGAGUGAUUGGAAGAGUGCCAGCCCAUGAUCCAGAUGUUUCAGACAGGCUUUUCUUUACCAUCGUCACUGGGAACGAAUUGCAUCUGCUGCUGCUGAACCAAACGAGCGGGGAGAUCCGAUUGAACCAGAACCUGUACAAAAAACGAGCGCUGGUGGCACCGAUGAUGAUCACAGUGACAGAUGGAGCACACAGCGUCUCGGCCCAGUGCAUCCUGCGCGUCAUCCUCAUCACAGAAGACAUGUUGGGCAGCAGCAUCACGGUCCGUCUCCAUAACAUGUCCCAGGACCACUUCCUGUCCCCUCUCCUGUCCCACUUCCUGGAGGGUGUGUCCGCGGUGCUGUCUGUUCCCGUGGAGGACGUCUUUAUCUUCAACAUCCAGCCCGACCACGACACCUCCCCACAGGGCAAGGCCAUCCUCAACGUGUCCUUCUCAGCAGCACUCCCUGAUGGUAGCUUCUUCCCCUCCGAGGCACUGGAGGAAAAGCUCUAUCUGAACAGGCCCAGGCUCACUGCUCUGACACAGAUGGAGGUCCUCCCGUUUGAUGAUAAUGUGUGCCUGCGGGAGCCCUGUCAGAACUACAUGAAGUGCAUCUCCGUGCUAAAGUUCAACUCCUCCGCUCCGUUCAUCUCGUCCAGCACCAUCCUGUUCAGACCCAUUCACCCCAUCGCUGGUCUGCGCUGCCGCUGCCCCCUAGGGUUCACUGGAGACUACUGUGAGACGGAGAUCAACCUGUGCUAUUCCAACCCCUGUCUGAACGGAGGAGUGUGUGCCCGCAGGGAGGGCGGCUACACCUGCAUCUGUAGAGAGAACUACACAGGUGAGCGCUGUGAGCUGGACCGUCGUCAGGGCCGCUGUGUCCCGGGCGUGUGCAGAAAUGGGGGCACAUGCAGAGAGCUGUCUGGAGGAGGCUUCAGGUGUGAGUGUCCAGCUGGAGAGUAUGAGAAGCCCUACUGCACCGUCACCGCACGCUCCUUCCCCCCCAAGUCCUUUGUCAUGUUCAGAGGGCUGAGGCAGAGGUUCCACCUGUCUAUAUCUCUAUCGUUUGCGACUUUGGAGAACACAGGUCUCCUCUUCUACAAUGGACGCUUCAAUGAGAAGCAUGACUUUAUCGCUCUGGAGAUUCAAGAUGGACAAGUGGUCUUCAAAUACUCUACUGGUGAACUUUCAACCCAGGUGAGCCCCUUUGUUCCUGGGGGAGUGAGCGACGGAGACUGGCACACGGUCCACAUCCGAUACUACAACAAGCCGGCUUUCCGUUCUCCCCGUCGCAGUGCCAUCGGGGAAGCUCAGGGUCCCUCCGAUGAGAAAAUGGCCGUGGUGAGUGUAGACGACUGCGAUACAUCCCUGUCCUUGAGAUUCGGAGCUCAGCUGGGGAACUACAGCUGUGCAGCACAGGGCAAGCAGACCAGCAGCAAGAAAUCUUUAGACCUGACAGGACCCUUAUUUCUCGGCGGUGUUCCCAAUGUUCCCGACAAUUUCCCGUUCGGAUCCCGGGAGUUCAUCGGAUGCAUGAAAGACCUGCACAUCGACAGCAAACCCCUGGACAUGGCUAACUUCAUCGCUAACAAUGACACAAUUGCUGGUUGCAAUGCUAAGACAUCUUUCUGUAAAUCCAACCCGUGCCAGAAUGGAGGAACUUGCCGCGUGAGCUGGGAGACCUUUUCCUGUGACUGCCCCCUGGGGUAUGGAGGGAAGGACUGCAGUCAUGUGAUGCCCCACCCUCACCGGUUUCUAGGCCACAGCGCCCUCUGGUGGGACCUGAAGAACGAUGUGACCAUCUCCAUGCCCUGGUACCUGGGGCUGGUAUUCAGGACGAGGGCCAGGGAGGGCACUCUGCUGCAGGCUCAGGCUGGACAGUACACAAGUCUGCUCUUUCAGGUGGUGAAUGGUCAGUUGGUGUUCUCGGUGACCCGUGGAUCCACCCGUCCCGUGCGGUUACGCUUGGACCAGGUCUUGGUGUCCGAUGGGAAGUGGCACGACCUCCAGCUGGAGCUCAGGGAGGUGCACAGCGGCCGAGAGGCCAGAUAUGUGGCCACAGUCAGGCUCGACUUUGGACUAUACCAGGGUACAGUGAUAGUUGGGAAUGAUAUCCACGGUCUGAAAGUAAAGCACCUUCAUGUGGGUGGAGUCUUGGGGUCUGGUGAAGUAACCCAUGGGAUCAAAGGAUGUAUCCAGGGUGUCCGGUUGGGAGUACGCCCAGACCCCCCUCCCCUACCUAAACCGUCCCGCUCGGUGAAGGUGGAAUCAGGCUGCACUGUGGGAAACCCCUGUGUCUCCUCCCCAUGCCCCACCCACUCACGCUGCAGCGACCAAUGGGAGAAAUUCACCUGUGACUGCGAUCCAGGAUAUUAUGGUAAAGGCUGCACUGACGCCUGUCACCUAAACCCAUGUGAGAAUGAAGCCAAGUGUCACCGCAAACCCACCUCCUCCCACGGCUACAUCUGUGACUGUGGAAACAACCACUAUGGACAGUACUGCCAACACAGGAUUGAGCAGCAGUGUCCCAGAGGUUGGUGGGGGUCUCCAAACUGUGGUCCAUGUAACUGUGAUGUGGACAAAGGCUUCGACCCAGACUGCAACAAGACCAGCGGGCAGUGUCAAUGCAAGGAGUUCCACUACCAUCCCCGUGGCUCUGAAUCCUGUCUACCCUGCGACUGUUAUCCCAUUGGCUCCUUCUCCAGGUCAUGUGACCCAGAAACCGGCCAAUGCCAGUGCAGACCUGGAGUGAUCGGUCGCCAGUGCAACAGCUGUGACAAUCCCUUUGCCGAAGUCACGAACAAUGGCUGUGAAGUGAUCUAUGAUGGCUGUCCCAAGACCAUCACCUCUGGGAUCUGGUGGCUCCGAACAAAGUUCAAUCUCCCAGCUGCUGUCCCCUGCCCCAAAGGAUCUGUCGGAGCAGCCAUCAGACACUGCGAUGUGGAGAGGGGCUGGCUUGAGCCAGAUCUCUACAACUGCACCUCUCCUCCAUUUGUGGAACUCAACACUGCUUUGGAUUUUUUGGAGCGAAAUGAGACAGAGCUGAAUAACAUAGUAGAGCUGGCCCAUCAGCUCCGAGAUGUGACUGAGUCCACCUCCCGUCUCUAUGGAAAUGACCUCAUGAUCGCAGAGCGACUGUUGUCCCGCCUCCUGACCUUUGAGACGCAGCAAAGCGGAUUUGGGCUAACAGCUACUCAAGACGGAGACUUCAGCGAGAACAUAGUUCGUGGCUGCAGCGUGCUCCUGGGUCCCUCUGCAGCAGGACUGUGGCGUUCUCUGGCCCAGAAUCAGCCUCACGCCUUGGGCUCGGGUCCAGCUCACCUCACCGACCUCAUGGGGCAGUACGCGCAGACGUUAGCUCAGAACAUGAAGCUUACUCACCUCAGCCCUGUGGCCCUCGUCGCUCCAAAUAUUGUGAUGAACCUGGACCGGGUAGAGAACCACACACACGUGCGGCGUCGCUUUCCCCGAUACCACACUUCUCUGUUCAGGGCCAAAACGUUGUGGGAUCCCUACACUCAUGUGGUGCUGCCCCCUGCUGCUCUGGUGCCACAGCGCCUCCACACUCACAGUUGGAGGGAGAGGGAGCGUGCAGAAAAAGAAGUCUUGUCAGCUCCAAACCCAGGCCUCACCCCGGCUAGAGUCUCAACCAAUCAGACGCAAGAGUACAGCAGUGCCGCCCAUCGCUCUGUGUCUCUGUCUGAGCCUCCGUUCACCAUUGUCAUUCUGCUCAUCUACAAGAGUUUGGGGGCAGCUCUUCCCCCAAAGUACCACACAGACAGGAGGGGGGUCAGAUUACCCCGUCACCCAGUCAUGAACUCCCCUGUGGUCAGUGUGUCGGUCUUCAAUAACCAGUCGUUUGUGAAUGGGCAUCUGGAGCAGCCUGUGGUACUGGAGUUCAGACUGCUGGAGACGGCAAAUCGCAGCAAGCCCCUGUGUGUGCAGUGGAACCACAGUGCAUCGUCGGACACGGGGGGCUGCUGGACAGUGAGGGACUGUAUGGUGGUCUACAGAAACACUUCUCAUGUGCGCUGCCAGUGCCACAGACUGGGCACUUUCGGAGUACUCAUGGAUAGCUCACACCGAGAGCAGCUGGAGGGAGAUUUGGAGAUCCUGGCUCUGGUCUCAUACUCGUCCCUUUGCCUGUCCAUGCUGUGUCUGCUGAUGACCGUCCUGGCUCUAUGCUGUCUGCGCCUCAAGUCCAACACCAGGAGCAUCCACUGCAACACGGCAGCAGCCAUGUUCCUCUCCGAGCUGGUGUUUCUGCUGGGAGUUAACCAGACAGAGCAGCAGUUCUUGUGCACAGUGGUGGCCAUCUUGCUGCAUUACUUCUUCAUGUCGACAUUUGCCUGGAUGUUUGUGGAAGGCCUGCACAUCUACAGAAUGCAAACUGAACAACGAAACAUCAACUACGGAGCCAUGAGGUUCUACUACGCCAUUGGCUGGGGAGUGCCUGCUAUAAUAACAGGUCUGUCCGUGGGGUUGGAUCCUGAGGGCUAUGGGAACCCAGACUUCUGUUGGGUCUCCAUCUAUGACAAACUCAUCUGGAGUUUUGCUGGACCCAUCGCUAUCGUCAUCCUGAUGAAUGGAGCCAUCUUCAUGAUCGUAGCCAAGAUGUCCUGCAAUUCCAGUCAGAAGGAGACCAAGAAACUACCAGUCAUAGCUACAAUCCGCAGUUCAUUCCUACUGCUGCUCGUGGCCUCCUCCUCCUGGUUCUGUGGGCUGAUGGCGGUGAACAACAGUAUCCUGGCUUUCUACUACAUCUUCAAUGUGCUCUGCCUUCUACAGGGCGUGUGUGUCCUCCUGCUCUUCACAGUGUUCAAUGCAGAGGUGCAGGAGGCCUGGAGAGCCAUGUGUCUGGGGAAGAAGGCUCCAGGAGAGGAGCCAGCCCGACCACAACAAAACACAACUCAGAACCCCUAUCACAACGCCUCUCUCCUGGAGCAGAGUGGGCUCCACAGAAUUACCCUGGGGACCUCCACUGUCUCCUCUGUCAGCUCGGCCAGAGAAAAUCUUCUGGCACGACAAACCUUGGACCAAACCAUUGGCCACACUGGAGCCACAGAUCUGGAUGUGGCCAUGUUUCACCGAGAUGGAGGUGAGGAUUCCGACUCGGACUCAGACCUCUCGAUGGACGAAGACCACAGCCUGUCGAUCCCGUCCUCAGAGAGUGACGACAACGUGCGACUGAGGGGGCGGAUCCAGAGGCGAUUCAAACGGACCAAUCAGGGAGAGAGACUGCUCACUGAGCCCGCCCACAAUGGCACCAAAGACCUGGAUGGGAACGACCUGCUUUCCUAUUGGCCAGCGCUGGAGCAGACUGACUCAGUGCAGAAGUGGGGCUCCGAGCGCCCCCUGGGGUCCGACGCGGCAAACAACAACAUGGAGGCAGCUUUAACAAGUGGAGACGAGAGCGCAACGCAGGGACACAGGCAUCGAAAAGGGAUCUUAAAGAACCGCCUGGGCUGCCCUCCCACUCUCCAGGGCCUGUCGUCGAUGGGCCGCGUUCCGAGCGAGCUGAACUGGUACCGCACCUCCACUUUGGGCCACCGUGGCGUCCCGGCAGCUUCCUAUGGCCGCAUGUACUCUGCUACGGCUAAUGCUGCUAACUCUGCUAACACCGGCUCUCUCUCCCAACCGGCCUCUCGCUACUCUUCCAGGGAGCACUUGGACUCCCUGGCUCGGAGACAGCUAUCCCGGGACCCUUUGGGACGUCAGACUGUGGGCGGAUCCCGGGACAGGCUGGACUCCCGGGGAUCCAGGGACAAUUUGGAUCUGCUACCCCGAAGACGUGACCUCAACUUGGGCCACAACACUUUGGGAAGUAUAGGGUUGGAGCGAUCCUCCAGGGAGAAUUUGUCAGCAUCCCGCGAGAGACUGGACAACCACCACGCCUCCAGAGAGGACUUGGGGGUGGAUGGGUACCUGGGCGGAUUGAGUAGGAGACACACGGCAUCCCGGGAGCAUCUAGGGGGUACUGUGACGAGCAGUAGGUCCAGGGAAGGACUGGACCAGAGCAGGGAGUGGCUGAGAACACUCCCCCCGAGACAGACGCCCCACCCCGAGCCACCCCUCUCUGCGUCACCCCCUCCUCCCAUCACAGAGGAGCAGGACCAGCCUCCACCACCAUGCCCCCCUCUGGAUAUCCUCUCCUCCAUCUUGGCCUCAUUUGGCUCCAAUGUCCUCCCUGAGACCAACAGUAUCUCUGAGCUCUGUCCCCACUCGGAAGCCCACAGAAGUGAUGGACAGUCCUAAUUUCUUGCCUUUUCCCUGUACCUUUUGGAACAAAAAUGGAUUGGACUUUAGAGGAAUGUCACUUGACUAUCCUGACACACUGGUGCAUUCUGGGAAACCGAAUCCUUAACCAGAAGACUACAGACAAUAACUAUAUGGGACAAACCAACCUGUUACUACCUACAAACUUGAUCAGACCCGGAUUACAACAAUGUUGUAAAUAACAUUUUUAUACGUUUUUUAACUUUUUCAUUGGAGAUUUGCGUCAAAAAUCUCCUGUGAUUUAUUUUUCAUUUGAGACAUUUUGGUGGCAGCGAGUGAAGUGUUAGUCAAUUUCAGGAGAGACCAUUUUGUCUCUUGUUUAAAUACAAAAAAAAAAAAAAGAAAAUUCAAAAUG